GGAAGUGAUUGACCUGAAUUAUAGGCCCUUGCCCAAGUUCUUGAUACCUCACAACACUCACACUUUAAUGCACACUAGCAUCACGGCACCGUGCUGCUCGUGAUACAAUCAACUCAACAUCAUACAACACCGUAUCCAUAUCACCGUCCAUUGACAAACGAACGAUGAGCCCAUCCCUUGUAUUGAGAACCAGUCGCCUAGCAUCAAUCGGCCUGCAGCAAACACCAAGAUUUUCCUGGACGUCCAUCAUCAGGAUAUCACCAAAUUCACUACCGACCCGAACUCUCCGGCAUCAGUCCGCAAGCUCUCAUCCAAUCAUCCGCCCCACCAUCGGCAUAACUGUCAUGAUGAGCAGCAGCAGCAGCAGCAGCAGCAGCAGCAGCAGCAGCAACCCGCAGCCUCGCUUUUCACCAGGCUCAGAUCCCGCCGCCAUGGAAGCCGCGCUGGCACCAUUGCUCACAAGCAACGGCGGGCAAUGGGUUCUCGGAGCGGACGGUGAGGCGCUGGAGCGGACCUUCAAGUUCAAGACAUUUGCCAAGACGUGGGAUUUCAUGACGGCCGUCUCUCUGCAAUGCAAGCUCAAGAACCACCACCCGGAAUGGUCCAACGUCUUCAACACAACCUUCAUCCGCUGGACAACGCACCAGCCCAAGGGUCUGUCGGCCAAGGACGUGGAGCUCGCGGCGGUAUGCGACGCACUGGCGAGGGACUUUGGCGAAGUGGUGGUAGAAGGAGUAGCAGCGGUCGAGAAAGAGCAAGCACAAGCCCGUCAAUCAGCAGAUCAUCAACCAUCGUCUCAGGGGCAGGCCCAGGGCGGCAGCCAGGCGUGUGACAUGUCCGGCCUCGCUGGCAGGGCAGCUAGUUCGGCGGGGGAUUGCUGCGUCCCGAGGAAGAAGUGAUGGGUAGGUGAGGUGGGUUGAAUGAAGUUGGUAUGGUACAAGUAACUCCGGGCUGAUUUGUUUUUUGUCAAGGGGGAUCUCCGAUCCUGCCGGCAUGACGGGAAACAUCACGUAUGCGGGUGUAUGAGCUGAUAGGGUUAUUUUGUAUCUUCAUGUAUUAAAAUGGGUGUAGAAGUAAUGGUUUGUAUAUACAGGGAGAAGGAGGAGGAGUUGGUGGCAGUCGUAUGCAAAGGGUAAUUAUGGACUGCCUUGCCCAGACGCCCGUCACAAUGCUAGCGCUGUCCUGUGCCACUGCAGUGUUCCAUCGGCCGUUCUUUGUUCGUGUCUUUUUCAUCACAGACAUUAUAUUCCUGUGUCCUUUCCAACCAGUUGUUGUCUUGUUCCCUCUAAAACCCAUGUCC